CGCAUGCGCAGUUUUCUCCUUAGCGCAAGCGUCUUGAUUCCGCGCAUGCGCACAUCCGUCCCCGGAUUCGCUGUGACAAAGAUGGCGGACGUUUCUUUGGACGAAUUAAUACGCCGACGCAAUUUUAACACCAGGGGAGGCCUUAAGAGGCCGACCUUUGGUAGAGGGGCAGGGAUAACAGGAAGAGGAGCGGGAUCGCUAGGGAGAGGGGCGGGGCUUAUGGGUCGGACUUUUGAUGCUCGACAGAAGAUCGGCACCACUGAUGUCAGACAGAGGCUCGGAGGAAGUGGAGUGUUCCAGGUGAAGGAUGCGAGGGAGAAGCUGGGUCAGAAUGAUGCCCGUUUUCGAAUUCAGGCCCGAGGGGGCGCUGUGAGUGCAGUGCAGGAUGCCAGACAGACCAUAAACUCUCGUAAACAGCAGCAGGUCCAAGAUUCUCCGUUAUUAACCACCACUCAGUCCCCAAUCCCACACAUCCACAUCCAGAACAACACCAGCAGUACCGGAGUCAGGGCCUUCCCCACCAACCAGGGACUGGGUACCAGAGUGGGUGUGGCCAUACAGCCCAGAGGUGGGAUCACAAAAGUGGUGGAUGCACGUGAUAGGCUGAGUCUGAAGAGAAGCGUCUCAUCAUUGCCCAGUCAGGGAUCUGCAGCUCCGCUCAAGAUCACCAAAACUAUCCAGCAGAGGCCAGUUGGUAUGACCAGUGGGAUUCGCAUCAAUGUUCCAAGCAGUGCAUCUCAGAGUGCUUCCAAUAAGGAGGAGGAAGCUGUGGUUCCAAAUAAACAGUUAAAGUUCACUACAACCAAUGACCUGGCACAGACAAGGGUUGGUGGCAGUUUCUCUGUCUCUACUCCAAUCACUAAGGUGGUUAAGAAUGACUCCUACCUGGCUCCGCCCCCUGCUGCAUCUGCUGCAGCUGCUGCAGUUCCACCCACUCGCUCUAAUCCCCGCCCACCUCCACAGACUUCUGAAAACUCCAACUCUCAACCUGCACAGCCAGUGUUCAGUCCAUUGGAAGGAACCAAAAUCACAGUGAACAAUCUCCACCCACGUGUCACAGAGGAGGACAUAGUGGAGCUGUUCUGUGUAUGUGGAGCAUUGAAGCGAGCUCGGCUGGUGAAGGUCGGAGUAGCUGAAGUGGUGUUUGUGCGGAAAGAUGAUGCCAUUAAUGCGUACAGGAAAUACAACAACCGCUGUCUGGAUGGUCAGCCGAUGAAGUGUAACCUGCACAUCCAGGGUAGUGUCAUCACAUCAGAUCAGCCCAUCCUGUUGAGACUGAGUGACUCUCCCAAUAAGAAGGAGACUUCCUCCUCGGCUGCGUCCCGAUCCACACCUCGCUCCAGCUCAGCUGAAGUGGAUCCUCAGACCAUCCUGAAGGCUCUGUUUAAAUCGUCCAAUCAGAACUCGGCCGCUACAGAGACCCCUCCCACUGCCGCACACUCUACAGCUUUCCGCAUAAAGAUCUAAAACACACAGGCACUCGUUCUACAGCUGUCUCCAUCCAUUUAAAACACACACUCUUCCGUUGGUACAUGUUCAUUUGUGAGUGCUGCAUCCUGUGUGAUGAUCUGUGUGAUGGCUCACGUUGUGUUUAGCCAAUUGGGUGACUGAGUCCCUCAGCAUUACCAUGGAGAUCCUGGUCUUUUUAUUGUAAUAACUCUAAGAACUUCUGCCCAUCACGCGAAGCUUCUUCAUUUCUUUCUAACAUUAGAGAGGUGUUGUGCUAGUGAGGGUGAGAUAGCUAAACUGAGCUAGCUGAUGCACCUUGUGCACUAGCUAGCUUUGUGUGUUUACCGUUUCUCACCUCUCAUAAUGUUUACCUGGUUUCCAGAACAACACCCAUAAUCCACAGCCACAUCCACAGAGAACAGCCACGCAGGAUACACACUUAGCAAGAGGACACGUACCAUCACCUCAUACACACACGUGCAUCGUCCUGACGAGUGUGUCUGAAACCAGAGCAGGUUCACUGUGUGUUUUUGUCUCAUGAGAACUGUUAUUUUGUUUUUAAAUCACACACACACACAGGAUCCUGAUGUACAUGAUGUGUAUAAAGACAUGUUUAGAAGUGUUAUUUCUGUCCCAAUCCUCUGUGUUCAGCUUUAUGUAGUGUACCUUUGCCGGUGUUGGUGAUUUGGGACACAGCAACCUCCCCACACCCUUCUUCAUGCCCACACACACACACACACACACACGGGGUGGGGCCUUGUGUACAUCUAUGUGUCUCUACUGGACUUCCUGGUUGUUUUUUUCUGUAGUAAACUUG